AUGAGCAGUUUUGAAAAUCAAAAUAGCUGUAGUUUUGAAGAAAUAAAAGUUGAAUUAGAAGAAAUCGACGAAACAAAAUUUAAAAAUGAUGUUGAGUUUGACAGUGAAAGUGAAAUCGAGAUUGUGGAGAAAAGUGAAAUUAAGUUUAACGAAGGAGAGACCACCGAUAUUUGUAUUACAGCUGUACGAAUGUUAAAAGCAGGGGCAAAGCCCAGUAUGAUUUAUGAAGCUAUGAGAGAUGAAGAUGGGCAACCAACAGUAACUAGAAAGGACAUAUUGAAUCUAGGCUUACGAAUUAACUUUCUGGAAGAAAAUGCUUCAAUGGAGGCACUGAUUAUUGGCAUGAAAAAAAGAGGAUAUACAGUGCGCCAUGGUCGUCUAAAACACUUAUUUUUUUGUCAUGCCAAUUCGAUAAGAAGUGCCAGACGUUUUUCGGAAGUAGUUCUAGUCGACGCCACUUAUAAAACCAACGUUUACAAACUACCGUUUGUAAAUUUUGUUGGAAUUGGCAAUCUUGGUGUAAACAAAUUACAAACAUUCAGAAUUGCUGGAGCCUGGAUUUCUGAUGAAUCAGAGAAUUCAUACAUUUGGGUUAUUAAGCAGCUCAUCUCUCUUAUAUUCUUUGAUAUUAUUCCUUUGGUAUUUGUCACUGAUAAUGACGCUGCGCUUACUGGUGCUAUUAGAAAAUUUUUUCCAAAAACUGAGUAUCUUUUGUGUACUUGGCAUGUUUUAAAUAAUUUCAAGAAAAAUUUAAGAAAAUAUUUUGACGAUGAUUCAUUUGAUGAAAUUAUUAAAGUUGUAGAUCGUCUUAUUAAUUUAAGAGACUAUGAUAUGUUAAAGUUAACGAUUAAUGAUUAUAAAAAAUUGGCCUCAUCAAGCUCAAAUGAAAAUGAAGUAAUUAAAUACUUUGAGAGGUAA